AUGGAAUUUGCAAUUGUAAACAAAAGUGAUGAGAUUCCUCUGAAGGAUUUUUUGAAAAAGAAGAACAAAGAAAUUUCCAAACAAGAAGAAGAAAAUCCGGAAGAGAAAAUGUACAGUAUUGAAGAGCAAAGGAAGCUCAUACUUGACCAGCAACAAAUGCUAGUAAAAGAAGAUGAUGCACAGAAGGUUGAUGAACAGCCUGAAAUUGAGAGUAAAGAAGAAACAGUGAAAAAAGGAACAUCAAAGAAAACUGUUCCAAAUAGAAAGAGAACAAGAUUACAAAUAUAUAAGGAAGAAUUCCCUGAGACGAUAAAAGAAGUCAAGGAGGAAUUUGAGGCUCUACACAAGAAAGACACUGCCCUGGUUGUUAAGAAGGGGAAAGAAAUUUCUAAGAAACAGACAGUCGUGUCUAAGAAGGGAAAACAUAUUGUUGUUCAUUCUGAUUAUGAAGAGGAUGAAGAAGAACUGGAAGAAGAGUCAAUAUCUUCCCCUGCCCCUUUGAUGAAGAAGGUCAAAUAA